UAAUAUGAUAGAAGCACGACUGAGUACUGUGAUGAUUCAUGAGUUUUAACUUAAGGAAUUGUAAUACUUACAUUGUAGUUAUUACAUUUUUCUUGAAAUAUCUUUAUUCUGCUCAAGAUCUGGAAAAUCAAAUGCAUGGCGGAAAAUGGAGAUGGGAUUUUUAGGGAUGUUGCUAACAGGUAUAAGAUAAUAGAAACUAUUCCAAAAAGACAGCAACUGAUUUUCGUUUGUCAAAAGAGCGUAUCAUAAUAAAUGGUGUACACAGUAAAAAAACUACCAACUUUAGCUGCCUUCAAUGUUUAAGUUAAAUAAAUUAAGCUUUAUGAGUUGAUUUAACUUAAUUAUAUUGAACUGACAAAAAAAUUGAGUUGUAAAGUGCAACUAGAAUAUUAAAGUCAGUUUAAUAUAAUUUAAGUUUAAUUGACAUAUAAAGCUCAUUUUAUUUAAUUUUAGCAUUUAUUGGAGCUGUUUGUUUUUUACAGCAUUUAAGUUUCACCGUAAAACUUUGCUUUACAAGUAAUUUCAACUUUUUUGACGUAACUUUAACUUACUAAAAUAAGUAAAUAAAGCAAUUUUAACUCACCACUGUGCAAAAUUUAAAUUUAACUUGAAAAGCCAAGUUGCUUGUACUUAUAAAUUGAAAGCAGUCAAAAAAUCUUUACAAUGUUUGGGUAUUAUUUACAAAAGGACAAGUAAUAAAUGUUUGUAUUUCUAAAUGUUUUAUUGCUAGACCUCACACGUCUUAUAAAAAGACGUAAACACUCUUUUGUACACCUUACAAAAGCUUUUAUUCAAUAUUUUCGAUGACUUAUUCAGAAUUUAUGUGUUUACAAUUGGUCUUGUCAGGCGUUUCUUUAAUUCAGGUCAGCCAUUGUAAUUCAGAACAUGUGUUGCGCUUAAAACAUGUCAGGAUCAUUUCCUACAGCUGUGAGAAUAAGUUUGGGCUCAGAGUGUGUACUGUUAAAAUCAAUCUUCAUAAAUGAAUAAUCAUGACAGCGGCGAGCGGAUAUUAAUUAUGAUAAACUUAAGUCAUUGUGUCCUAUAACACGACAGUGAUCAGAUUCACAAUGACAUUCAGUUUAAUUCAAUUUUAUUUGAUGCAAUGAUUUUUGUAUGCCAGAUCUCUCAAAUACAAAUAAAAAUUUCAUUAAAUGUUAGAUUUAAAUCCAGUGCAAAUAACAAACAAUAAGCAUCGGUUUUAAAAUAACCCACAUUUAUAUUAACCUAAAUAAUUUGCAUAAGAAGUUCACCAUUGAACAAUGAUUUGCUCUCAACUUUGCUCAUUCUGAUAGCUAUAUAAUUUUUCUUUACCUCUUGGAAACGCAUGCCACAGUGAAUACAUUGGCUGAGCUCUUUGAAAAAACAUGAACCAAAUAUCCGGGCAUUAGAUUUGAUUACUAUUUGGGGGUAGCAUAGGACCCCCCCUAAAAGAUAUUGCAGCCAAUCGAAUGUCUUUACAUACCCCACGCCUAUGUUAACAGUAACCAGAUGUAUUGUGGAUACAUUCUACUGAGAGCUAUAAAACACAUCUGUGCUGGACCCAAACUCACCACAGCGAAGGUCACACACACACAUUUCAUUACUUCCAUUCUCACAUUUCUCUCUCUCUCUCACUCACACAAACAUUCUCUUUCUCACACUGACAGAAGAGGAUAAUGCAACUUCAGUCCCAGGAGACCGUUGACGAUCAGUAUGCAGAGGGAUGAUGUCCUCUCUAUCUAAUAACACAACAGGCUGAGAAUUGUGGCGUGUACAAGCGUGGGACACAUCCUUUAAAUAAAAUUUAGAACUCCUGAAGUGUUCUGCGCAUCAAGGGUGUCACCAUGGAAACAGACUCCUCCUUUAACUUGACCACACCCAAUGUAUCAACACUGGACCACAAUACUACAAGCUCAUCAUGUGACUACAUGUCCCUCUCGACCUUCCGGUACCAGAGGACAGUAAUCCCCGUAUUGUACAGCCUCAUCUUUUUACUGGGUUUCCUUGGUAACAUGCUGGUGGUGUGUGUGUUAUUUCACAGCUCGGGCCGGAGGACUGUAGCUAACACGUAUCUGGUGAACCUAGCGAUGUCGGACUUGCUCUUCCUGAGCUCUUUGCCAUUCUGGGCUGUAUAUUACUCUCUGGAUUAUAAUUGGGUUUUUGGGACGGUUAUGUGCAAGCUGUGCGGGGGUUUGUUAACCAUAAACGUCUAUGCUAGCAUAUUCUUUAUCACUUGUAUGAGCGUGGAUCGGUAUCACGCCAUCGUCUACCCGCUUCAUUCCCAGAGCAGCAGAAGCGUAAACCGGGCCAGGUGUGUCAGUGCUGUUAUUUGGGUCGUGGCAGCUCUGACCACGUUGCCCACGGUUGUGUUCCGUGACAUACACGCUUUUCCAGAAAACAACAUCACAGCUUGUGUCAUUUAUUACCCCAGGCCCCUCUGGCACACCGGGUUAAGUCUCGCCAAGAACACCCUCGGAUUCUGCCUGCCGUUUUUCGUCAUAGCAACAUGCUACAGCCGCAUCGCCGUGCACCUGCUGGCCACCCCGAAUCAUCUGGAGCAAGAUUCGGCGCGGUUGGUCCACGUCUUACGUAUGGUUGUAGCUGUGGUGUUGGCGUUUUUCUUCUGCUGGUUUCCAUUCCAUGUGCUGACGUUCCUAGGAGUUUUAAUAGAUCUGGGGGUGAACUGGGAUUGCUGGGUGCUUCAAGCCGUUCAUAAGCUACUGCCGUUCUUUCUCUGCCUCGGAUUUUCCAACUCUGCCAUUAAUCCAUUCCUCUAUUGCUUCGUGGGAAAUCACUUCCGGGGGAAACUGUGGCAAUUUUACGGGGUGGCGCUGAGACAGAAAAGAGAUUCUAUUAGCACGAGACUGUCGUCCUUCUCCAGGAAGCUGAGCGACCUUAAAGAAACUGCGCCUAUGGAGAUCAUGGAGUAGUAGAGCGUACAACAUAUUAUUUGUUAUGAUAUCAAACAGAAAGGGACAAUAUCAAUGUCAGUCACUGGCCUUAAUACUGUUCUGAGCCCUGUCAUUGGUCCAGGAGCAUCACAGCAGUUGGGUCACAUUCUGUAUUCCCUGGUGUCUGCAUGUUGAUAUAAUUAUAGCUUUAUUAAUAAUAGUCUGUUGGGUGACACUGUUCUGCUUCAAAGCAUUGAAUGACCAUAUCUGUUUAUGCGAGUAAUAUAUAAACAAUAUGCAACUAUGUAUGUAUUAAUGAAAUUGAUCAGACUCUUUCCAGGAACUGUGACUUCACGGUUUGAUUUUAGCUGUUUGGCCUGUGUAAUUUUUGACCUCCAUAUCAUUCAUUCAUUUAUUCAUUCAUUAUGUUGCUGAAGACCAAAGUUUUGUUUUUAAACUAUAUAUAAAAUGGCACGGCAAUUUGGAAACUGUGUACAAACAAAUGAUUUUUGUUGUAAAAAUGAGUUGUUGUAAAACACAUGAAAAUUAUAAAGGACAAUAAAUUGUUCACAUGG